CAGGACUUACAUUUUUUUUUAUAUCCCUAAAAAAUCACUCAACUAAACAAAAAAAAAAAAAAACUAAACAAAAAGUGGGACAAUUCACAUUAGACAUUACGUUAAAAACUAAUUUCUAAAACUAAGAUUUGUACUUCAUAAAUCAUAAUCUAGCUAAUAUAAUUUGAUCAUUGAUUCCCCUUUCAAACUAAAAGAAGCACGAUAAAUGUACGACAUAACAUACAUGGCGUCAUUUCAAGUAAUUUCAACAUUACACAUUACGUUAAAAAUUUGAUACACGUUAUGUUAAAAAUUGGAUUUCCUCAUAACAAUUUGAUCUUGGAUUGUCAAUGGGCUCACUUAGUUCCAGAGACACCAUCAUGCAAGGCGGAGGCUUCAACUGCAGCAUCAGAAUUAGCCACAAACCUUCUGAAUUGCCUCACGACCAGAUAAGUAUUUCCCCACCUCUGCACAUGAAGCCCCUUGGCUGGUGGAGUGUUCGAUUGGUUAACCUUGGGAACAUAGAAGCUCAAGAUGAAAACGAAGCAUGGAAUGGUCCAUCACUUGGUUUAACUUCUGUGAUCACUGGAGCUGUCAUCCCUAAACCCUAAAACCAACUCACUAAAUCAGAGGCAGGGGAUUUCAAGAGCAAAUUAGUUGAUAACAGCCUUUGGCAACUCAUAGAAAACAAAAUAAUGCGAUAAGUGCUGAGAACAAAGAGAUUUCCAAAUUAACCUUUGGAGCUUACAAGCCUCUGUGAGGUUCAUAAAAUGCUACUGAAUGCAUUCAAUUAGAAGGAGAAUAGCAACUAUUUUCAAAAUGGGAACCAUGAUAAGAAAGCCACUAACAGCCAUUGCCUACAAGAAGCCAUAGCCUUAUACUCCAUGUUCUUCAGGGCAAGUUCUACACCAACGCCACCUAAGUUCAGAGCAUCUUUUGUACCAAUAGCUUCUUAAGAGAUACAGAAACAAGAAUCAAUCAAGUAGGUUGUAAAUAUAGUGAAGGCAACCCAUAAAAGAAAUAGAUUCUCGAAACUGAAUUUCUAGACUUAGCAGAAAAUCAUUUUCAUCAGUCAACUUUAAACACGAUUUUAGAACCAACCACAACUCCGUUUUAGGAUCCGUACUUAGGAUCCGUAAAAAUCGACAAACCCUUAAUGAGAGAACCAAAGCAUCCUAAAAAGAAAUCAACCAAAAAGUUGUAUUUGCAAGGAGAUUCAAUCAGUUCAAAAUUCAGUCAACAGAACACUAAUUUUGAAAUUUUCAGAAUUGUGAUUCCAACUUCAAAAUCGUUUUUAGGAUUGAAUAAAACUCCAUUUUUCAUUCCGUAAAAACUGAUAAUCAUCUUAAGAAACAAACCAAAGGGUCACGAAAAGAAUUCAGACAAAAAGGUAUAUAUAUUUGCAAGGAGAUGCGAUCAGUUCAAAAUUUCGUCAACAGAACGAUAAUUCUGAAAUUUUCAGAAUUCAGAUUUCAACUUCAAAAUCGAUUUUAGGAUUGAAUAAAAUUCCGUUUAUAAUUCCGUAAAAACUGACAUCAACCAUGAGAACUAAGAAGUGCAUCUGUAAAAAAAAAACCCGUGAAAAAAACAUUUUAAACUGGACAAAUGAAGCAUCUACAAUACAGUAUUAGUUCUGGAACCCACAAAAUGAAGUUCAAAAUAAAUAAAACCCAAUAGGGUCAGUUCACCAAGGAAAUAUGGUCAAUUCUAGGCUAGCAGAUCUGACCAACCAAACUUCAUAGUCCUAAACUAAAUCCCUCCAGCAGAAUUGAUUCAUAAAUAAUUACCGAUUCAUGAAUUUCUUUCCUUAUUGCAAAACCCAUAAUUUAUUUUGAACAAAUCUUCAAACAGAAACCAAAAUUCAGUAGUGUAGCAUCAUUUACAGUUCAUUUCACACAAAAAAAGGCACUAAAUUAAGCAUACUAUUCAAGAAGCAUAAGUUUGAAUAAAUUAAACUUUUGGGUUCUUGAAUUACCUCUUUGUGAUUCAGGGUAUAAGGCAUAAAAGUGAGAGAUGUUCAUGGCUGUAGGAUUGUAGGUGCUAAAACAGCCGGAUUGGCACUAAAAUUUCUGGUGGAAUAGGACGCCGUAGAGCGAGAGAGAGAGUUCUACCACAAAUACCACCGCUGCCUACCAACGAAUGAAGCGACCGGAGCCCGGAGCAGCCGUUUCAGUGGAGUCGUCGGAACCGAAUGUCAGCACUACAUCCGGAAGUCACACUAGAUCCGAAAGUCACGCUAGACCCGGAAGUCAUCAACGUCAUAUCAAACAUUUGAUAGGUUUAAGAAACGCUAUCGAUAAUUUGAUGCACCGUCUAGUCGCCGGAAUGGCGGUCGCCAGAGUGAGCAAAUAGAUGAAGCCGGAGUGAGGGUUGAGGGUGGAGUUUGUCUAAAUUUGAACCGUGUUCAAAGAAAAACUAAUAACGUGUACUAAAAAGUGUGGAUGUUUUCGGUUCAAUUUAGUUCCAAGUAUUAAUCCGAACCGUUGCAGACCAUUCCAAUGUAACUAAUUUUUGAACCAAUCUGAACCGAUCCAAAACUGAUAUUUCGGUUUGAUUUCAGUUCGGAUCGGUUCAGAUCAUCGGGUCAAUUCAAAUCGCGUAAAUGGAACAGCCCUAAGCUCAAACCAGACGACUAAGAGAUUAUUUUGUACCUCAAGAUGAGGAAGUUCAAACUCCAUUGGUGUACAAUGACGUUGCAGCAGAGAACUUUGAGCUCAAAACUCAAAUGAUUCAAUGGGUGCAAGCUGCUUGUCCUUUCUAUGGACUGCCUAGUGAAGAUCCGAAUGUACACAUCAGAAAAUUUCUGAGGAUGUGCAGCACAUUCAAAAUCCAAGGUCUCUCUAAAGAUAAGGUUUACUUGAGACUGUUUCCAUUUACAUUGCAGGAUUUAGCAGCAAAAUGGUUGGACACUCUACCCAACAAUUUAAUCAAUUCCUGGAAUGGACUCAGACAGACAUUCCUUACCAGAUUCUUGCCACCUGUCAAGGCUGCUAUUUUAAGAUCAGUCAUCAUGACUUUUCAGCAGCAUGGGACAGAGACUCUUUUUGAUUCUUGAGAAAAAUUUAAGGAUCUAAUGAGAAAAUGCCUCAACAUGGUGUAGAGAAGCUAAUGCAACUGUGUAUUUUCUACAAUAGAUUGCAGCAAGCUUCUAAAGAAUCACUUUAUUCAUCAUCUGGAGGAGCAUUCAUGAUGAAACCUGUAGACGAAGCAAUCCAGCUGUUGGAGAAUAUAUGUGCUAACCAUUUCAGAUGACAGAAGGAGCCUAGAGCUAUAACUAAGAAAGCAGGAGUGUUGUAGUUAGAUGCUACAACUCACUUGCAACCACAAAUGCCGACCAUCACCAGUGAGAUAUCAAAGCUGAGAGCUGACAUCAAACCAAAAGUUGAUAUAUGUAACAUCUGUACAGGAUCUCACUCCAGCUCUACUUGUCAAGCUACUGUGGAAGAAGUUCAGUUCGUGAGGCAAAGAGAUAACAGAGGAGGCUUCAACAAUAACAACAAUUGGAGGCCACAGCAGAACAACAACUUGACUAAUCAGUAGUCAAACUACCAGAAAUCAACUCAGCCACCUGGAUUUCAGAAUCAAUCAUUCAGAGUCAAGGAGGAAGACUGGAUCAAGGUUGGUAAUGUUUUUGCUAGUCUUGAUGCAACUGUGAAAGAUAUGCACAAUCAGGUUGCACAAAUGGCAAGAAGGAUACCAGAUAGAACUGCUGGUACUCUUCCUAGUGCCACGCUAGAGAAUCCCAAAAGGAGGGAAGCACAUAGCAUAGAACAGAAGGCUGAGAUGCAGCACAAGGAGGUGUUGCAACUGAAGAAAUCCAAGUAAGGAACCAAUGCGCUGCUUGGGAGGCAACCCAAGGUAAGUUAUUUUGUUCUUCUUAAUUUUGUUUCAAAUUAUCUAUUAAGUGGCAAUCCAAAAGGGUGAAAGAGCCCUUAUCAGAAAUUUUCAAGUGAGGAUUGUGUGGAUAGUUAACCUGAAAUGCGUUGCAGACUAUGAUAUAAUCAGAACGGCAACAUUUCAGUUUGAUUAUCUACACAAAGCAAGGAACAAUGAUUUGUCGUCUCAGUUGGGCGAGUGAUAGACACACCUUCGUGAUUGAGAUUAUUUGUCAAGAUAAAAUCGCAGCUAAAAAGUCACUAAGUGUUCUAGUCAAAGGACAGCAGCCAGGAGGGAAGAUUGAUUCAAAAAAUAGCAGCGAAGAUGGAGGGUAAAACUGUCUAGAGUUGUGCCUAGGAAACUAGAACAUUAUAGCUCAAAAACUGACACCCCACUCUUCCAUAAACACCCUAUUCAAUAAAUUAUAACCUUCUCCAACCUUCCGCCUCUUUAUAACAGCCAUCACCAAAACCCUAUAGCCGAAAAGCACUCCUAUCCUUCAACAAUAUAGCAUAACAAUGGUGACAGAACGGCACUCCGCAGAAUCCAGAGAUGCAGGAAGAUGGAGGCACACUCCACGCAGAGGCCGCCAAAGUCAGAUCCGAAGAACGGACUCAAUACAGGGUUCUGAGCAAGUCGAAUCUGCACCACAACAUUGGGAACGGCGGAUGAUCAUGGAAAGGGCGGCAUCUUUCCCAACGGAUUUGUCAUCUUACAUUGUUGAACAUCACUGGAAGAGACUGUGUGAUGUCCCUCAAAGACCAAACCUCACUGCGGUCAGGGAAUUCUACCGCAGUAUGAGAGAAGCACAAGGCGACACUGUGACGAUGAGGGGCAGAGCAGUCAGCAUCAAUGAGGCGGCAAUCAGAGAAUUGCUGCAAUUUCCAGAAAUAGAUUUCUCUCAUGGAGAAACACUCCAUCAGAUAAUGGAUUUUGACCAUGAAGAGGAGCUCUCAGGGAUGCUGAGUCGGGAACUGGAUGUCAUCUGGACAUUCAAGAACGGCAGCCUAUGAUACUUCUCAACCUCAGCUUUAAGACCAGAGUAUAAGCCCUAGUUCAAUUUCAUCUGCACCAACCUCAUGCCUAGCCGACGCCGGAAGAAGGUAACCUAUGAAGCAGCACUAUUGCUCUACGCAAUAGUCACCAACACAUUGGUCGAUGUAGCUGCAGUGAUCAGGGAACAGAUAGGCUCCUGCGCUACCAACCCCAGGAGGAAGUCUUGGUUCUUUCCAGUCCUUAUUACCAGGCUCAUGGAGCGAGCCAAUGUGCAAUUUUUACCGACAAAUGUUAGGAAGGAACUCAAACGACCAUGGCAUCUGGAGAACCCACCAUAACCCUUUUUGAGGGGAUUAAAAACUGCAAUCACCCAGUGGAGUCUUUUUUUGGUUUUUCUUUUUCUUUUCUUUUAGCCUCUGUUUUUUUAAAUUAGGUCUAAUUUUUGUGUUUUUCUGUUUUGAGUCUGUGCAUCUAGAGUCCUUAGGCUAGAUUGAGUACACUUUGUAUGAUGAUUUUCUGAUUUCAGUCAAAUUGCAUGCUUAGUGUUUUGAUUUAUUCUUCCCCUGCAUCUCUGUUGUAAACAUUGAGACAAUGCUUAUUUUAAGUUUGGGGAAGGGAUUUGUGUGUUUGCAUUUAAUAUUCUAAGUAUAAUAGUAAUCAAAUUUUGGAAAAAUUUGAAAAAUUUUCAAACAUUGUGUGCAAGUGUGAACUAGUUGAUGUAUAUACAGUGUCAAAAGUCUAUGAUGAUUCAAAAAUGCGCAGAAAAUUUUAAAGUUUUGAAUACUUGUUGAUUUACUUGAAAUCAGUACUAUAGUUCUUCACUUUCUCGAGCACAAUAUGUCACUUGCCAAAGUGAUAGUUCUGAACUUAAUGCCAAAAUCUGAAUGUCUAAUUAUAUUAUUGUGAUCUUAUACUGAAGUUUACUUGUCUGAAACCUGCGGGGACUAUAGACCUAAGUGAAGACUAAGGCAACCCUUCGCAUCAUGGCAGACUAAGGCAACCCUUGUGGCCUGUAAAAGCCUAAAUACCUUGGGAAAUGGUUGAAUUGAAAAGAAAAAUCUGAAAUGAGGGAAGUUAGGAAGACUGUUCAAUGAUGCAGUAAUACCCUUGAGUGUUUAGGUUCGACAAACCAGUAGAGAGAGUCUCAGGCCUGGUGAGGAAAAAUCAAAAAAAUGAAUAGAACUACCCUAAAUUGAUAAGCCACUAUGAAUAAUCACUAUAGAUAUUGAGUGAAAAAAUGCUCCAGAUGAAAUACCAUAAGUUGCAGAUCCACUAUGAAAAUAUGUUCUGACCAAUAUGCCCUAAGUUGCUGAGCCACUAUGAAAAAAUAACUAAGUGGAAAUAUGCUCUGAGUAAAUGUCUGAGUUGGAAAGAUCCAAAAGAAAAGUCAAAUAGACAAGAAGAAAAAAAGUUGAGGGAGAAAUAAGUUGCAACCAAUGUUGUUGCAGAAUUUGUGAGGAAAUAGUUAGAAUCUAAAAAUCUCAAUAAAAAUAUCCUAAUUGAUGACAUGCAGAAAACAUGUACUGAUCAUAAUGAUGUUCAUUUAUUCUUAAAAUAAUUAAUUCUUAGAAUAGAUCAUAGAUAAAACCUUGAAUUUUAACUGUGAUAUAUGCACAGACACACACUGAAGAACUGUGAUACUACUUUCCGGUGAUAAACAAUGGUAUAUAAUCUGCCCAGUGAGGGACUUAAAUCUGAAACUAACAUUGACACAAUAUUGUAUUUACUUCUGUUUAUUUAGCCACAUUAUUUUUCGAUCACUGUCAGUACUUUUAUCUAUAAAAAUUAAAAAAAUCACUUCUUCUCUCUGAGUCAGUCUUUCUAUAUCUAGGUCAGCAAAAGUGUAGCAUGAAUUUAUUUACGAGAGGAUCAAUAAAACUCUGAGUUUGGGACUGUUACUUGGGGAUAAGCAACAAUUCAAGUUUGGACAUAUCUAUGACGUCCUCCAAUCCGCUCCGAUUAGUUUAACACUAAUCAAGGAAACUUAGAUAGACGUCUGCCCAGCUCACGCCGGGUCCCACACUAUGAUUACUAAGUACAACAAUGAAAUACACUUCAAAUUGAUUAAAUUAUAUCUAACCAAAUAUGAUCAAAACUUUAAUUAAAAUAUAAAACAAAAUUCUAUUAUACAAAUAUCUUAAGACUUGCUAAACCCCACCUAAUGGCUGCUACAAUCGGUGUCGUUUCUUGCCGAAACACUUCCCUGCAAAAUCUGAAAAGAAAUAUCCUAGACGGGUGAGCUAAGCCAGUGAGGUCCCUAAGGCUUUAAAAACAUAUUCAUGCAGCACAAAGGGGAUCACAUGCACGCAAGCAUCAUUGCUAUAAAAAUAAAACACACGCAUGCGCAGAUAAUUUUUUGGUAACAACGCGCCGUUGCGCGAAGACUCCACAUUCAAACCAGGACUUGGCAAGAUCACACAGCAAGCCAUAGUCCCUUCACGACCCAAAGGCCCAGAGAAUCACGAUCCAAGGUGCCACACUACACCAAGGAUCAACAAACAAGUCUCAAGAUCCGAGGCACCACACUAUACCAAGGACCAACAAAGAGCAUGCACACACAUUGCACUCGCGCGUUCGCAACUAGGCACACAAGCACACACGCAUUCAUAGCACAUGCAGAUUACUAAAACUUAAAUAAAAAUAUAAGAAAGACUUUAAAAAUAAAUUUUCAGAAAAGAAUGGGGAACACUCACCUGGCAUGUGACCUUUGACCUCUAACGGGCUCAACUAUCCUAAGGCCGACUAGCUAGUGAGCUACUCUACACCUUGAUAGACAUUAAAAAUAAUCAAGGAAACUUUAUGAGAAAAGAGUUUACGUUCAAUUAGAAAGAAAGCUACAAGGUUUGUCUCUUAAAUUAUAAUUCUCAAUUCUCAGCACAAAGGUGAGAGAAUUGUCGUAUUCAAUGCAAGUUUUCAAUCAAACCAAUGAUCCAAAUUGCAAGCCAUGAACCAUUUCAAUUUAGGAGUAGCAAGGAAGAGUUUCAAUAAAAGAUUCAGGAAAACAACCUCAGAAAAUACACAAAUAUAAAUCUCAGACACAGCACUUCAAAACUGAAUCGCUUUCCAUAAACUUCGAAUUCAAUGAGUUACAUUCAAACUUAAUUUGUGGACAAAAUAUAACUCCUUUUCACGAGCUGUAAACACUGAGAUAAACCUCCCAAAAUAUAGGAGAUAUUCAUGCAAAGACACCUCAGAAAACAAGUCAAAACAUAGGAGUAACUACCUCCUAAACCGGAACUCAGAAGCUGGUUUUCUGCAGACUUUCAGUAUAGACCAUGCAAUGUUCAAAUCUAGUUUUUAGAGAAUCUAAAACUCCGAUUUGAAAUCCGUAAGGAUGGCAUUAAACUACACUGAAUGAAGAAGAGUUUCAUAUAAAGAAACUCAGGAAAAGAGUUUAAAACCUAAGAGAAACCGGCCUGUUAACGGAAGAAAACUGUUCUGCAGCUUCAGCAAUGAGCAUGUCAUGUUCAAAUAAGAUUUCCGGACAAAUUACGAGUCCGUUUCAGUAUCCAUAAAAACCACAUUAAACUAGAUUAAACAUAGAAGAGAUUCAUAUAAAGAAAUAAUAAAAACGAGUUCGAGAAGUAGGAGAAAGAAGCCAUUGAACAGGUGGACUCGAAUCUGAUUUUCUGCACUUUCAAAAAUAAAAUCAGCAAACAUAUGUUGUUUGAACCAAACUUUGAAAGAUCCAUCGAGAUAUUUGAUAAACCAUUAAAGCCUAAAGAAGACUUGAUAUUCCAAGGAGAGUUUGGUAAGAAAAAUAUGCACAAGAACCACCGUGUCACCUGAUAAUCCGGCCUCUCCAAAUAACUACUCAAAUCUGGAAUUUUCUCACACUUUUGCAUGCUCUACUUUUUGCAACUAAGUUCAUACUUUCAGAACUUAAAUAUACGAUUUAUAAACUUCUAAUUGCAGUACUCAACAAUCAAGAACAGCACAUAACAGGAAGUAUAACCAUCUUGAACCUAAAUUAAACUAGACUAGUUCCUACAUGCACCACAUAAAGAAUGCGGAAGUUUCGAUUCACAAGGAUGAUAACCUUCAACGAAUCAGUUUGAUUCCACAUACAACCCACAGAUUCCUCUUCCAUAUGAAUUUACAGAGUUAAAGCAAACGGAGAGUUACUCCUAAAGAUCCUAUUUCUUACAAUUAAAUUUAAGGGUUGUAAUUUGGAUUUUACAAGAAGAUUAGCAAGUUACCUUAGUAAAUAUCCAAUCCGAUGCUCUGACUCCUUCAAACUAAGCUCCAAAGCAACAGCCCCAAUCCCCCAUUCAUUGCAAUUGCUGCUGCUUUGCUAGAUGAUGAACCCGCAAGAUUCCUUCAUUCUCUUCUUAUUCUCUCUCGCUCCCUCACUCUCGGCCUCUAACUUUCUCUCUUUCCUUUUAAUUUACUUCCACAUCUCUCUCUCCCGUUUACUAUAAUUGAUCUGUCAACUUGAAGGUGUUAAGAGGAUGAUGGUUAGUGAUGACAUGAAGUAGAAUAGGACGACGGGUAGAAGAUGAGAUGAUGAAGACGAAGGUCGAUGGCCAGAUUUGAGAGAAUCAAUCAGGGAAGAAGAACUUGGAGAAAAACGAAGAAGAUAAAGUUUGGUAAGGGAGUCUCUCGACGGUUUCCAGAAAAUGAAGAAGAAGAAUAAUAUUUACACCCCUUAAU